CUUGUGCAGCAAGCGGUGAAACCACUGAGCUAAAUCCCCGGCCCCCAAAAAGUGCUUUUUAAUCAAAUGGUUUUUAAUCGCCUUCUAAAAUCGCGACGUCUGUGACACACUUGACCCCUUUAGUAGAGGAAAGGAAACCGAGGCACCCUGUCUCCCCCCCACCCCCCCAGGCCUGAGCCCUGCCUGUGACUCUAAGGUGCCUUUUCUCUGAAUCCUUCUGAUUCGUCAGUGGCUAGGACCCAACCCCCAAGCUCCCACCUUACCCACUCCAGUCUAGGGAGGAGACAGGCCCAAAAUUGCUUCCCCACCUCCAUCUUCCUAGUUUUAGACUUACAAUUUAAAGAGCUGGAAGGGUCCACGGACUAAUCAAAAAAAAUCAUAAAGCGCCAGGGAUUUAGCUCAGUGGUGCUGUGUUUGCCUCACAAGUUCAAGGUCCUGAGUUCGGUCCUCAGUUUUUAAAAAAAUCAUAAAAACCAACAUUCUUUUGAGCAACUUCUUUUGCCAGGCACCACAUUGUCCUAUUUAAGCUUUGAGACCCAGCCGUCCUCUGAGGUAGAUAAUGCUCCUUUUUCAAAUGGGGAAACAGAGGCUCAGAGCAGUUAAGAGACUUGCACAAGAAGGAUGUCACAAACCCAGAAAAAAGGGGCCUGAGGCCAGCCUGGUGGGCAGAGGGAGCUGGGCAGUCCAUCAUCAGGUCAGCAGUGCUUUUGCAGCUACUGAGGGACAAGGGAGGGGUUUUCUGUCACACACAAACUGGCUUUGUAGACUCAGGCAGAUUGUUUGACCUUUAUCUCUGAGUACAAGACCACAUCCCUAAAGGGGAAUGAAUGCCGCCUGCCUGUUAGGGUUCUUUGUCCCAAAGAUUGAAUGAGGUUUUGCAUAUGACUGGGGCUCCUUUGAAGGCUCAGUGGAGUGUGGCUACUCUAGCUGCAGUUUUGUAUUGGGGCCAAGCUCAAACUCUGGGCCAUCCUGCCUCUGAGAUACCUCACAAGUGGCUUGGACAGGGACUGGCCUCCUGCUGGGCACUUGCUGGGCAGUCCAGGAACUGAGAGUAAUGACAGUGUCACCAUUGUGACGAUCCAGUCCCCACUGAGGGAAAAGGGUGGGUGGAAGCGGUACUUACUUUUGAGUCUAAAAUGUCAGGGAGACAGCCCAGGCUGGCUGUUUGAGCUGAGCUGAGCUGAGAGCCAAUGCUAGAUCUGGGCCUGUCCUCCCUGUGCCAUUGUGCAAUGUGUAAGGCCUUCUAUCACAGCCCAGUGAGAGUUCAGGGCUCAGACUUCUCCCAGACAGUGAGCUUCUAUAGGGCUGGAGGUGGAGCUGCAUUCCCUUUGGAAACCCUGGCACAGGGUGGUCAACAGUGCAGGAAUAAGGCCACACAGGUCCCAUGGGAACCUAGAGAAGGAAGCAGGGUCAAGAGCUCAGACUUUGGAGAUGGCCAGGCCUGGAUCUGAAUCCUGGUUCUUCCACUCAUUUGCUGAGAGCACCUCCAUUUUCCCACCUGUAAUGCUCAUAAUUAGUACCUACCUCCUAGGGGUGUGGUGAAGAUUCAAAGAGAAAAUUCAGCUCAAGUGUUUGGCACAGCCUGGCUCAUGGGUAGAACACAAUUCAUGUUAGCUGCUAUUGCUAUAUUAGUCAUCACCAUCACCACUGUUGCCACCUCUUAGAGGUGUCACAGAAGAUUCCCUGGAGGCAGUGACAAUUGAAUCAAGUCUUUCAAAGAGUAGAUGGUGAACGCCAGGCAGUCCAAGACUCUUGUGUCCAGAGGCAUCCAAAGAGUGUGGUGGCUUGGGAACAGCAAGAAGGAAGGCUGGGGGUGUGGUCAGGGAGGUGUCCACCUGAUCCCCUGGCCGGGCUCCUGCACCUCGAUAAGAAGUGUGGACUUCAUUCCUGGGGAAGGGAAAGGCAUGAACCUGGUAUAAUCACCUGCACAUCUCAGAGAGGAGGGUUAGCAGUGAGAAGGACAAAGUGUCCAGGGGGGAAGUAAAGGCCAGUGAAAGACCAUCAGGGAACAUGUCACUGAGACAGUGACCUCAAGAGUGUGACAGAAACCAAGAGGUGAGGCAAGUGGAUGUCCAGGGCAGCACCAUCCAAGCAGAGAGAGCAGCACAUGCGAAGGCCCAGCCAGGGAGCAUGCCUGGGAUGCUCCAAAAGACCCAGAGGCCACGUGGCUGGAGAAGAGGGGGUGAGGGGAGGUGAGUGUGCCUGGCUGGGUCGCAUCUUGCUGGUGACAGGGAAGACUGGAGUUCACAUGGACUGAGAUGGCUGGAAGAUGGGUUUAAGUAGAAGGAAGUGAGGUCAGACUUUUGUCUUAGCCCUUGAUGCUGUGUAGAGGAUGGACUGAGGGGACAAGGUGUUCUUGGGGCUGAAAUUGGAGCUCCAGUAUGAGAGUGCCAGCAGCCCCAUCUUUUAGGGAAAUGCUGUGGGUAUUUUCUGCAUGCCUUUCAUGGGCUGCUCCUUUUAACUGGCAGCUACCUUAAUGUCUUGUUGUUCCAGCCCCCAACCAGGAGCCCCCCAUGCACAAAAUGUUUAUCCUGGCAGAUGAUCUAUAGCUCUUGUCUGCCCACUGUAUGCUGCCUGGCCAGACUUACUUCUCCCCAGUGUCCUAGGGCAAGUGCGGCCUGGGGUAGUUCCUCAUUCUUCAAGUAGAAGGUGCAAAUUCAAUGCAUCAUCCCAAAAGGAAACCAGACCAAGGAUUUAUUACUCAUAGAUCCUGGGCAGGGAGAAUAUAGUCCUCUGUCCCCAGGUCAGGUGAGGCAGGAACAGGGAGUCAGGUAGACAGAGUGAGAAGCACCUUGAGGAAGAGCAGCAUACUGGGGACCACUUCAAGUUCAUAGGAAAAUACCUGAAUGGGCUAUUUAAAUAAGGAGUUGGUGGACAAUCAGGGAGCCCUGCCUGGUAGGUGGGAAAGAUGCCUCCAAGUUCUUAUCUCUGGCCCAGUGCUGACUGUUUGGGUGUGUGACUGUUACUAACGCUCACAUAGCAACUUUUGCUGUGUUCCCAUCACACCAGGUUGAAAGCCAUUGGACCAGUUAGGAGGGCAGUUAGGAGGGAUUCUAGUUAUUGCAAUAUUCAUCCACUCAGGAAGUACGUAUUGUGGACUCACUGUGUGCCAAGGGCCAUUCCAGCAGCCACUGGGGACACUGAGCGCAAGAUGAAACCUCCACUCCUUGAGACCCUAGGGGCUGCUGACCCCUGGGGUCCAGGAGGGGAGCAGAGAUGGUUCUUGCUCUAUGGGGUUCUGUGGGUACUCGCAGCUGCUACAGAGGAGGGGACCUCUUCUUGUGGCACUGCGGGAUGGGAAGAGGAAGAAGUCAAAACACAGCCACCCACAGCUCCCAGUUCCUCAAAGUUGGAGGCACUGCCUGACAUGCCGCUCUUCAGCUCUGGACAGCUCGUGUCAAGACCGGCCAGGAGCUCCCCGCUGAGCCAGCGUGAUGGUGCAGGCCUGGAAUCCCAACACUCUCACAAGCUGAGGCUGGAGGCUCACAAGCUUGGGCCCCCCAGCUUGAGCACCUUAGCAACUUAGUGAGACCCUGUCUCAAAAUAAAAAUUAACAAGGGUUGGGAUGCGGUUCAGUGCGAAGGCUCAGGGUUCAAUCCCCAGUACUGAAGGAAAAAAACCAAGAGCUCCAGUCUUCAUGACCUCUUUCUUCCCCACAGGGAGACCCUAUCUAGCCCCUCCCCAGAAUGUGACCCUGUUCUCUCAGAAUUUCAGUGUGUACCUGACGUGGCUCCCAGGUCUGGGCAACCCCCAGAAUGUGACCUAUUUUGUGGCCUAUCAAAGCUUUUCCACCCUGACACGAUGGCAAAGAGUGGGAAACUGUUCAGGAACCUCGGCACUGGUGUGUCCCCUGAUGUGCCUGAAGAAACAGGACCUGUACAUCAAGUUCAAGGGACGCGUGCAGGUGGCCUCUGCCAGUGCCAGGUCCCCCUGGGCUGAGUCCCAGUACCUGGAUUACCUUUUUGAAGUGGAGCUGGGCCCGCCCAUCCUGGUGGUCACUCUGAGGGAGAAGAUCCUGAGUAUCAAUGCCACCUACCAGCUGCCGCCUUGCACACCCACCCUGGAUCUGCAGUAUGAGGUGCAAUUCUGGAAGGAGGGCAUUGGAAACAAGACCCUAUUUCCAGCCACUGCCCAUGGCCAGCCCAUCCAGAUCCUGCUCCAGCCUUUGGCCCGCGGAUGCCACUGCCUCAGCGCCAGAACCAUCUACACCCUCAUCUCCCCCAAGUACAGCAGCUUCUCAGAGCCCCACUGCCUCUCUCUGGGGGCCCCAGGGGCCAACUGGACAGACCUGGUACUGUGCUCACUCCCGCUACUGUUCUUGGUAGUUGUCAUAGCGGGUGUGAUGUGGAAGAACCUGAAGGGCGACCCCUGGUUCCAUGGGGUGAAGACACCGAGGGCCCUGGACUUUUCGGGAUACAGACACCCGCUGGCAGCCUUUCAGCGGGGUGGACCAGAGUCCUUGGAUGAGUUAUUCCUCUGUCCCCAAAAGAAGCUGACUGGUAGGGUCAGGCUGGCCCCUCCAGUCAGGGCCCCGGCCACCCUGCAGUCGGGAUCAGAGGAUAGCGCUGCAGAUGAGGAGGAUGAGGACACAGAUGACAGGGUCAGCAUCCAGCCCUACAUGGAGCAGCCCUCCUUCCUGGGGCAGGAGCUCCAGCCUCUGGGGCUGUCUGAGGCAGAUGAGUCUGGGGUGGACUCAGGGGGCCCCUGGACACCUGUGGGCCAGAGAGAAGGCUCCUCAGCCUGGGAUUCUUCAGACAGGAGCUGGCCCAGCACCAGGGACUCCUUGCUCUGGGAUGAGGCUGAGUCCUCCUGCUACUUGGCCAAGAAGGGGCUGGGCCAAGGGGCAGGUGGCAACGAUCAUCAGGAGCCACUCCCGUGCCCAGAAUGCUCCAAGGACUUGGGCACCCUGAAAGGGCCCCUGAAGGAUGGCCGCUCCUCAUGGGCCAGCUGGGGAUCCUCAUCCCCGGGAUGGAGUCUGGUCUCGGGGGAGCCCCUAGUUUCUCUUCAGACACUGACCUUCUGCUGGUACAGCAGACCUGAGGAGGAAGAGGAGGAGGAAGAGGAAGCUGAGAAGGAAUCUGGAUCUAAGGACAGCAGCAGCUGCAGCUGGCAGGCUGGGAGCUCCCUGAGGACUGAGGUCAGGGAUGGGAUGCUGGGACCUUACAUGGCCAGGUGAGCUGGGUCCAGCUGUCCCUGGGGACCCAGAACACCGCCCAGGCUCGACAGCCAUACAGCCAUGUUUCCCACUGAGGCUGCUGAAGGUUCCUUUGGCACUUCGGGAUUGCCUAGACAACAUGAAGCAGGUGAGGCCAGGUCACUGUGGCCACUGCAGGCUGACACAAGGGGCCAUCUGGAACUAGGGAGGGCUGGCCCCACUAGAGGCACAUCUGGGUGUAUUGCUGCCUUUCCCAGCACCUGCCAAGCUCCUGCUCUCCCAAGCCUCAGCCUCCUGACUGAGCGAUUGUGUCCCUUAGAGUGACUCCCCAUAAGGAAAGAUCCAGCUGGCUGAGGGAGUUGUGGGGGAGGGAAAGGGAAGCAUCCUUUAUAAUCUGGUCUUUGGAGUCUUAGCAUUGCUGGGGUUUUUUUGUUGUUUUUUUUGUUUGUUUAUUUGUUUGUUUAGCAUUGCUGUUUUUAAUACCAGACAGAACUGGAUUCAAAUCCCAGCUCUGCCGUUUGCCAGCUGUGCAGCUUGAUUAAGCCGCUCUCAUUCUCUGUACCUCAGUUUCCUCAUCUGCAGCUACUACCCAGGUGUGGUAGGAUGCAGGGAGAUCUCAGGUGCGUAUGGUGCAGGGGCUGCCAUGGCACUGAUGCUGUCCACAUGUGGCUGGCAAGAGCCUCCAUCUCCCAGGCUGCAAGGAGACCCUGGGCCUCCCCCACCUGUGACCCUGACCCUAGAGUGCCCCCAGCUCCUAGACAAGGUGCUAAGUUCUCAGAAGCCAGAGCUUCAACCAAGGGCAUCCCAGGCCCUCCUGCUCUUCCCUUGUCUCAUCUGUACCCCUUCUUCUCUCUGUGGCCCAGGCCCUGCCACUUAGCCCUUAAUGACUUCACUCUGAGGUGCACAAAAGACCUUCACAUCCACUUGACCAGAGGGCUAUGUUGUUCUGAAGCCAGCAUGAGGUACAGGGCCACAGGCACAUCUGGGAAGGUUUCUCCAUGGCCUCCACUCCAGAGGCUCUCACACCCUGUCCCCAAAGGCCUUGGGUCUUGGCCGUGGGGUGAGGGGCUCAGAAACCUGGUCAUCUAGCCGGAGCAGCAUCACUGUGCCUGGUCUAUGCACAGUGGCUUUGCAGGUGAGGUCUGUCAGGGGGUCCCGCUGCCAAAGAAAAGUUUGUACACCGCUUUUUUUUUGUUUUGUUUUGGGGUUUUUUGGUACCGGGGAUUGAACUCGGGUCCUUGCGCUUGCACAGCAGGCGGCGAAACCACUGAGCUAAAUCCCCGGCCCUGUACACCACUUUUUUAAUGAAUACCUAUCUUGUUUCAGACAAACAGGCCAAGGUCAGAGAGGCAAAAGCACCUGCCCAGGUCACUGGGCAACAUGUGUCCCCAAGGCUGAGUGCUUGGAUCUCUCUGCCCAGCUGAGGUAACCUUUGACCCCUUCUUGGCCAUGUCAACAAACUACGUAGGUCUCAGCCAGGAUUUCCAAGGGUCACUAAGCUGGCAGGAGGCCUUUAUUGCCACUGCUGGGGCACACGCUCACUCAUGCACGUAGACGCGCGUGCACACACGCACACACACACACACACACACACGCACGCACGCACAUGCGCGCACGCGUACAUCUUCCCAGGGCUCUUUUCUGUGCUCCUUUUGUCCACAUUGUUAAGCUCAAAGGAAGAAGAGCAAACCGAAGCGAUGGUGCUUGGGAAGGGCUAUGGCUCAGGCUGGGUCCCAGAAAUGCCCAGACCAGACCAAGGCUGCCAUCCCUUCUGGGACUGGCUGAGCUGCUUUGAAGAACUUUCAAAAAAUGAAAAGUUUUUGUCGCUACAGUAUUGUCUUAGGCUUGAAUGAAAUACUUUAUUUCUACUCUCCAACUUUGUUAGUUUUUAAAAGAAAUUUUUUUCCCAAAGUUUCAAGUCUGAAAAAGCCUGCACUUUUUAGUAAUUCCAAAUUCCAGCUCCUUGCAGUCGUUAGGUCAUUUACAAAACACUGUGGGAAGCAAGAGGAAGGGACAUACAAUAAUUGGUCCAUGGUGCUCAGUGUCAGCACUCACCUGUUUACAAAGCCCCAUGGAGCACACAGCUGCUGGGGACACUGGUGUGGGUGGGGCCACACUGAAGGGCAUCAGGGAAAAGUGAGUCAUGCCUGAGGUUACAGUGGCAUGUGGCUCUUAGCAUGCAGACAAGACUCUAUUGUUCUUACACAUUUUAUUUAUGUCUCAUUUUGUUCUAUGUUUAUAUCGUAUUUAAAUAAUAAUCUAAAGUUCGAGGGUAUGUUACCCUAAACUUUUAAAUAAAGGCUCUAUUUUUACAGAAAAGA